AUGUCGUACUAUCCCGGCCAAGGCUACCAUAACCAAGGGCCUCCUCCGCCUCAGCAACAACAACAACAACAGUAUGGAGGAUAUCCUCCUCAGCAAGGAUACGGCGGUUAUUCGAAUGCACCCCAGCAGCCCCAACACGGAAACUACGGCGCCCCUCCACCGCAGCCACAAUACGGCGGCGCAUACCAGCAACUACCGCCACAGCAGCAGGGCUACGGCGGCUACUCGCAGCCUCCAGCUCAGCACUAUGCUCCUCAACCACAAUUGCCCAGCGGCCAGAACAUCUACCAACAGCACAACCUCCGUCAAGGCGCCCCUCCACCCCCGCCCCAGGGCAUGCAAACCUUUGGCCACGGCGCUCCCAAUGGCUACUCGUUCCAAUACUCCAACUGUACCGGCAAGCGCAAGGCCCUGCUGAUCGGCAUCAACUACUUUGGCCAAAAGGGCCAGCUCCGAGGUUGCAUCAACGAUGUUAAGAACAUGUCAAACUACCUCAUGGAGGCCUUUGGUUACAAGCGCGAGGACAUGGUCACCUUGACCGACGACCAGCAAAAUCCCAUGAGCCAGCCCACAAAGCAGAACAUCCUGCGCGCCAUGCAUUGGCUCGUCAAAGACGCUCAGCCCAACGACUCGCUCUUCUUCCACUACUCCGGUCACGGUGGUCAGACCGAAGACGUUGACGGCGACGAGGAAGACGGCUACGACGAGGUUAUCUACCCCGUUGACUUCCGCCAAGCUGGACAUAUUGUUGACGAUGAGAUGCACUACAUCAUGGUCAAGAACUUGGUCGCUGGUGUGCGUCUUACUGCUAUCUUCGAUUCGUGUCACUCCGGUUCCGCUCUGGAUCUUCCGUACAUCUACUCCACUCAAGGUGUGCUCAAGGAGCCCAACCUUGCAAAAGAAGCUGGCCAAGGUCUGCUAGGCAUUGUUAGCAGUUACGCUCGUGGUGAUCUUGGCGGCAUGGCCAGCACCGCCAUGGGUCUAUUUAAGAAGGUCACCAAGGGCAACGACAGCUACGAAGCCAACAAACGCACAAAGACUUCGCCUGGAGAUGUCAUCAUGUGGAGUGGUAGUAAAGACGACCAAACCUCGGCAGACGCUUCUAUCGCCGGUCAGGCUACUGGAGCCAUGUCGUGGGCGUUCAUCGGCGCUCUGAGGAAGAACCCCCAGCAGAGUUACGUACAGUUACUCAACAGCAUUCGUGAAGAAUUGGAAGGAAAAUACUCGCAAAAGCCUCAACUGAGCGCCAGUCACCCUAUCGACACAAACCUGCUGUAUGUCAUGUAA